UCAUUUCUGUUAUAUAUUUACAAGAAGAUGAAUAACCGCCAAGAAAAUGAUUUGUAUAGCAAAUUUUGGGACAAGCCAAGGCAAGUUAUGGCUCAAGGUUUCGGUAUAUACGGAAAGAUAUGGCAUGUGAAAUAUGGAAUUGGAGAUCCCAUUCCAUAUGAUCCAAAUAUAACUGCCACAGAGCUGGCUGUAAAAACCAAGACUGCACUUGAAAAUCUUCGGGAUAGACACCAAAAAAUGCCAGGAAAUAUAUUAAGAGCUCUUUCAGAACGAUUUGAUAAGGAUGACAAAGCUAACUAGUCUAUAUAAAACAAACCAUAGUUCUGUAAUAGGAAAAUUUAAAAAUUAACUAAUUAAAACCAA